UGUCGCUACUUCGAUACAUGCGACGAUUUAAUUCGUCACGAGAUAAGGCGGAGUGACGUCGAUUUCGUAAUAAAUAAGGUGAUUUAAUCUCGUCUCCCGGAAAUAUUGGAGGAUAAUAUUGGCAGAGGGCGUUGCGUAGCGAUUAAAUUGCCAGAGAAUUCGAAAUGGGUUCCGUAGGUACUUUGAGCCCCUUCGUGUAUUGGGCUCAAACGGAGAAGAAUUUAUCGCUGAGAGUCGAUCUGAGAAACGUAAAAGCUCCUAACGUAAGCCUGACAUGCAACGAAUUGGAGUUCAGCGCAAAUGGGAUCGGAGCCAAGGGACAGAAUCAAUACUAUUUCACGAUUAAGUUUUAUCAGAAUGUCGAUCCCAACGAUAGCCAAUAUAGAAUUACGGAUCGCGAAGUAGAUUUCAGCAUAGUGAAAAAGGAAGAAGAGUGGUGGCCCAGACUGAUUGCCGAAAAGAAGAAACCGGUGUGGCUGAAGAUCGAUUUCGAUAGGUUAAAAACAGAAGACGACGAGUCGGACAGUGGAAAUUUACUCGAAGACAAAAGGUCGACUUAUGACGAUCUCCUGGACGAUAUUGCAAGAUCUAGAAGGAAAACAAAAAAGAAAGUGGAAGACUUCAGAAAGAUUUAUCUACUACUUUAUAACUUAUUUCAAUUUGUGGGUUUUCUGUACUGUUUAAUUGUGAUAUCCAUCAGAUAUGCAAAAGACGGACCUCUGUCGAUGGAGGGAACGUACAGUGCAAUUGGAAAGGCAUUUCAGUUCUGCACUCUGAUGCAGCUCCUGGAGAUACUGCAUCCACUCCUAGGCUAUACUUCCGGUAACGCUGUCUUCCCAACAGUUCAGGUGUUCGGACGAGUGACCAUGCUAUUCCUGAUGAUCGGUGGGGAACCGAGAAUGCAGACCAAACCGGUGGUCUUUUAUUUACUUGUAAUAUAUGCCACCAUAGAAGUCAUCAGAUAUCCAUAUUACAUGCUUAGAACAUAUAGCGUGGACAUUGGCAUUCUGACAUGGCUGAGAUACACCAUCUGGAUACCAUUCUACCCAUUGGGAUUUCUGUGCGAAGGUGUGAUAAUAUUACGAAACAUCCCCUAUUUCGAAGAGACAAAAAAAUUUUCUCUGGAACUACCCAAUGCGUGGAAUUUCUCCCUGCAUUUUCCCACUCUCAUGAGAGUUUAUUUAUUGAUGGGAUUUUUUCCAACAUUGUAUUGUUUAAUGAACAACAUGUACAAGCAGAGGGUGAAGAUCCUGGGAGAGAAGAGGAAAGAAAAAUCCCUAUGAAACAUUGCAAGCGGCUAAUUACACUCCUCCACCAAUAAAAAAAGAAAGUAAUAAAGAUUAUUAUUGUAUAUUUAAUAUAAAUGAAUAUUCUUCGCCUCGGAAUAAUUUAGUCUCCCUCCGACGGAUCGAUAACGCGUUAGUCACUUCGGACACCGCUAAGGGACCUCGUUCGUCUCAAUCUCCCUCUCUCUUCUUUUGUACUUUUGUUUCGAAAAAUCGAUCGAUUGUAUCUUACUUUUCUUAUUAAAGAAUAUUUGACAAAAA